AUGCAGCUUGUGGUAUUGUUUAGCGCGUUGAGCGUAACUAUUUUCAGUGUAAGAGGACAGAAAAACAAUCACUUUGCUGAAGGAAGAAACACGAUCGUACACCUCUUUGAAUGGCACUGGGAUGCUAUUGCCAGUGAAUGUGAGAACUUCUUGGGUCCUAAAGGAUUUGCUGGUGUUCAGGUAUCUCCACCAAAUGAAAAUUCCGUAAUAAGUAACAGACCAUGGUGGGAACGAUACCAACCAGUAAGUUACCAACUCACUACCAGAUCUGGAAAUGAAAGUGCAUUUGUUGAUAUGGUGCGACGUUGUAGUAACGUAGGAGUCAGAAUCUACGUCGAUGCUGUUUUCAAUCAUAUGUCUGGGACAUCUGGUAGGGGUACCGCUGGACACUCAAGUGACAUUGGUUCUUUAUCCUACCCUGCAGUUCCAUUUAAAUCAAAUGACUUUCAUUCUCGUUGUGAUGUAAAUAAUUAUCAAGACGCGAAAAAUAUAAGAAAUUGUUGGCUCAGUGAAUUACCAGAUUUAGAUCAGAGUCACGAUUCUGUCCGUAAAAAAAUUGUUGAGUACUUAAACCAUUUGGUAGAUCUGGGAGUCGCAGGAUUUAGAGUGGAUGCUGCCAAGCAUAUGUGGCCCGCCGAUUUGAAAGCCAUUUAUAGCAGCGUUAAGGAUUUGACAGGACACGGUUUGAGCGGAAGACCUUUCUUCUACCAAGAGGUUAUAGAUUUAGGGGGAGAGGCCGUAAAAAAAACUGAAUACAAUAGCUUUGGAGCGGUGCUUGAAUUCAAAUACGGUGCCGAAUUGGGUAACGCCUUUCAGGGCCGCAAUGAUCUCCACUGGCUAGUCAACUGGGGUCCAGAAUGGGGUUUAUUACCAGGGACUGAUGCAGUUGUAUUUAUUGAUAACCAUGACAAUCAAAGGGGCAGAUCGCCUGCUAUUCUUACGUACAAGAAUCCAGAGCCUUACAAAAUGGCCAUAGCUUUCAUGUUGGCCCAUCCAUAUGGUACUACGAGGAUAAUAUCUAGCUUCGGUUUUGAUAACUUCGAUCAAGGUCCACCUGUUCAACAACCAGGUUUCAGGUCUGAUGACACAUGCACAAAUGGUUGGAUCUGCGAACACAGAUGGCGUCAAAUUUAUAAUAUGGUUGGCUUUAGAAACGCUGUAGCUGGCACAGGUAUCAAUAACUGGUGGAGUAACGGCCAUCAACAAAUUGCUUUUGGAAGGGGAAAUAAAGGUUUUAUCGCUUUUACUUUACAUGGAGACAUCGAUCAAAACCUUCAAACUUCUUUGCCGGCUGGAACUUAUUGUGAUGUUAUCUCUGGUAGUUUAAAAAAUGGAUCUUGUACAGGCAAAACUGUAAAUGUAAAUAGACGUGGUAAGGCCGCUAUUUCUUUGUAUAUUACUGAAGAUGAUGGUGUUCUGGCUAUCCACGUCAAUGAAAAACUGUAA